GCCUCUGUUGCAAUUGCAGUGGUCUCAGGGCUAAGCCUCUCCUGCAGUUCUGGAAGCUUCAUUGUUGCCCAUUCGUACCUUGUUUCCAGAUCAGGUGAACCUAGUCAUGCUAACCAAGCGCACCAGAAACACUGUUACCACUUCCAGAUGGUUUCCUGGUGGUCGGAAGUGUGGCUGUCCAUUGUCCUUGAAAACCUACUCCCAUGACAGUGAUUUCUGCUUCUGUGCCCGAGUCUACCUGGGCAGCCAGGUUGCUAUGAGAAAGGCAGUUUGUGGGAGUCCCAUCAGACUGAGAGGGGAGGAUGGUGUUAACCGCUGGGUUCGGUGUCGGGAGCUCGGGGAGCCGCACCGGGACAGGCUGGCUCCGCGCUUCCCAGGCUUCCAGGCCUGCUUGGCGGAGCGAGAGGACAGCCUGGCCUCCUUGUAGGACACUCUCGGCCUCAGGGACCGCACUGGGGCGCUGGGUUACACUUAGCUCCAGCUGGCCUUGAACGACACGGGUUUGGACUGUGUGGGUCCACUUACAGAUCGUUUCAGUAAAUCUCCUGGACGUUUGAGACUUGUGACAAUUUGAAGAAAACGGACAAGCUGCAUGGCCUUGAACUAAAACACUGAGAAGUUAGGAUUUACAGAUGGAUCCAUCGGAAAAGACCACAAACAGAAGUGAACAAAAAUCCAGUAGAAAGUUCCUGAAAAGCCUCAUCCGGAAGCAGCCGCAGGAGCUGCUGCUGGUCAUCGGGACGGGCGUCAGCGCAGCCGUGGCCCCCGGGAUCCCUGCCCUGUGCUCCUGGAGGAGCUGCAUCGAGGCGGUCAUUGAAGCGGCCGAGCAGCUGGAGGUGCUGCACCCGGGGGACGUGGCGGAGUUCCGCCGCAAGGUGACCAAGGACCGGGACCUGCUGGUGGUGGCGCACGACCUGAUCCGGAAGAUGUCGCCUCGUACAGGUGACACCAAGCCCAACUUCUUCCAGGACUGCCUGAUGGAGAUUUUCGACAACCUGGAGCAGCACAUCCAGAACCCGCUGGUGCUGCAGUCCAUCCUCAGCCUGAUGGAGCGAGGCACCAAGGUGCUGACCACCAACUACGACAACCUGCUGGAGAUCUUCGGGCAGCAGCAGAGCAAGCCCAUGGAGUCUCUGGACCUGAAGGACAAGACCAAGGUCCUGCAGUGGGCCAGGGGGCACAUCAAGUACGGCGUGCUCCACAUCCACGGCUUGUACACGGACCCCUGUGGCAUGGUCCUGGAUCCGUCGGGCUACAAGGACGUCACCCAAGACCCAGAAGUAAUGGAGGUCCUCCAGAACUUGUACCGCACCAAGUCCUUCCUGUUCGUGGGCUGCGGAGAGACGCUCCGGGACCAGAUCUUCCAGGCCCUGUUCCUGUACUCGGUGCCCAACAAGGUGGAGCUGGAGCACUACAUGGUCGUGCUCAAGGAGAACGAAGACCACUUCUUCAAGCACCAGGCGGACAUGCUCUUGCAUGGGAUUAAAGUCGUGUCCUACGGGGACUGUUUUGACAACUUUCCUGGCUACGUGCAGGACCUCGCCACGCAGAUCUGUAGGCAGCGCAGCCCAGAUGCUGACCGAGUGGACAGCACCACACUGUUGGGGAACGCGUGUCAGGACUGCGCCAAGAGGAAGCUGGAGGAGAACGGAACGGAAGUCUCCAAACGGCCUCGGCAGUCGGAUGCGGAUGAUGCUGGAGGGUCUUGAAAUCUUUAAAACCAAUAAAACCUGCAACUUGAAAACCAGCCUUCUGUAACCGCAGUGCCGUAACCCAAACGAUGAGGAAUGUUCGGAGACCUCCGCGGGGGUUCUCUUCCCCGAACCCACCCUACCCCCGACGAGCUGUGUGGCCGCGCGGCCUCGGAGGCUGGUGCGAUCCCACCGUGGGCUUUGGCUGCUCGGGAGGUGAGGCGCCGCGGCGGGGCCCGCUGUGCGGCCGGUGGCCGGCUACCUCAGGGACCGCGCGGCGGGCAGCCAGCCCGGGCCUCCUGGCUUCUGCUCUGCACGCCCCCAUCGUCAAGGUGGUUUUUCUAAUAAAAGGGGAGGGUGAGGACUGUCCACGCAACAGGAGUUGCCAAAGAGGAAAAAAAAAAAAACAAAACAAAACUAGACACUUAAAUUUUCUAAUCUUUCUGUGGAAACGUCUGUUACUGUAGAGAAACGUACACGUGUUUGUCGUUGGCUAGUGGAGCGGGAGCCGGUGCUCAGAGGCACGGUACCUGCUGCCGAGAACAAUGUGUUUGAAAAAGACCAGCUCAGUGGGCUUCUCUGGAAUUCCCUAAUUUUGGUGACUUCGGCUCCCGAGAACGGCAGGCCCGAGCUCGGCAGAGGCCCCGGACGGCAGCUCCCUCCCGGCCGAGUCCGCUUGCUGGCCGCCGGCUGAGAACCAGCAAGUGCAGCACGAGACCAAGAUCAAAGCUUUUAGUUAGAGGGUCGAGUCCAAGUUUUCCGAGUUUUUAUUCUAUGGGGUAAGGUCCAACCUUUCUGUCCAUCUCUUCUGAGUCUCUUCCUCCAGCCCAGUUGUUAGCAAGGCAGGCAGAGCCUGCGGUCCGGGUCUGCUGGGCACAGAGUGCUGUGCCAGGCGCUACUCCGACUGUGACCCUGGCGGGGACCCUGCUUGCUUUCCCUUUCAGAGGCUGCUGUUUUUGAUGUGGUUUCUUGCGAAAUCCCACGACACUCUCAUUGAUGGCGCUAGAGCUCCCCCCGGUAGAGGGAAGGUUAAGAACAGGAAACACAAGGUUGGGAUGUGUCAUGCGUGGGAGAGAAGCCAGAGACCCGCUUAAGACUUUUUUUUCUUUUUGAAGCAUGAAAAAUCUUAUGUUAUUCUGGUCAUAAAUAAAAUUUUAACUUCAA